AAGUUUCGAUUUACCUGAUAUAGUAAGAUGGCUAACAUUCGAUGUCUGCGGAUGCGUUGUCUUCUAGCCAAGAUAUGAAAUGCAAUCAUAAUUGACUGUAGCCAUAUAAGGCACACACAACAGUUCCAUGAUGAUCGAGUGACAACUUUCCGUGCAUUAGCGGUUCAUUUAAAAAUAAUUAAUUCUUCCCUCGUCCUGCAAGUGUCAACACGUCAGGCGUCAUCAGAAGUGUCCACUUAGUUUGAGGGGAGAGGGUAACUAUUUUAAGAGUUUGAAACGCAGCCCUCGAUUGUCUGAUCCAGCGUCUAACCCGUGGUGGAUGAAGGAGAGUCCAAGCGUCGAAUACCUACGUCAGUGAAAAAGAACGGCGGAGAUUUUUUUGUUGUAUGUUCUGAGUGUACAGGAAACCAACACUCAGCCGAUUUAAAAAUAAAUAUAGCUAAGUGUUGGUUACAUUUGUUGACAAAUUGUUUAUCAAAGAUGGAGAGCUACAGUGGUGACAACAUCCCUGCAUCGAAAUACAGCUCAGUGAAAUAUUACACAACGUUACCCUCCGACACUAGACCAACUGAAGAUGGCGAGCAUUCUUCCGAGCAAGCUGGUGGUACUGAGACGAGACCGAGAAGUGGAACUUCGACGCAAUAUAUUCCAAAAGCUGGGGACCACUUCAAUUUUCAGAUACCGAGAAAGAACAAAGAAAAGAGAGCGUUGUUCCAGUAUGUGUCCUCAGAGUCCAGGGAGUUUGAGGACAUCUUGACUAUUCUGUCUUCCAGCUACAUAGAAGCCAGCUCCAAUGGGACGUUCACGUACACCAAGCUAAGAAUCGUCCACAGCGAACUGCUGGAGAAGGAUUUUGUAGAGAAAAGGAGGGAGCUGAAGCUGGAUGGGAGGACGGAGAAGGAGCUGGAGGAGACCCACUGUUUCCUGACUGCUGACACCAUCAAGCUACCAUGGAUCUGUGAGAAUGGCCUUCUUGUGGGGCACAGCUGGAUCACCGCUCUGGGUAAUCCAGCUAAGGGUGUUUAUUUGUCUAAAUACUCAGACUUACUGCAGGUCAAUCCUUUUAACCCUGGAGUCAUGGGAGAGAUCAUCAUAUUCAAGGUCAUCAAGGGUAAAGUAAAGAGCAUCUAUGAUAACAUGUCUAAGAACCUUUUGGACCCCACACCCAAGUUUGACAGCCAUUUAUCCAAGAAUGCCAGCAUAGUCACAUCUCUCACCUCCUAUAGAGCCUAUGAGCUCACUCAGGAAUACUUCUAUGAGUACGACUUUGAUGAGCUGAAGGCUCGGCCGAGGCAUGUGUGCCCCUAUGCAGUGGUCUCUUUCCAGUUCAAAGGCAAAGAUGCUCCGUUGCAAGCCAAGCCCAUGGCUCCCCUAAGGUCAAACAGCCAAACAUCUGCAGGAAGUAAAGGCAGGAGUAAAUAUACAGUGUGGAGUGGAGAGCUUGUGAAUGAGGGUAGAACGGUGUCCCAGGUCUCCAUCUGUUCCUUCUCUCCCCCCUUCCUGCCUUUCAAACUGCCAGAGAAGCUGGAGCUGGGUCUGGUGAUGAGUAUGGACCAGGUAACUCAGAUGAUCCCCUCAGCUCUGUUCUCCUUGAACCUGUACGCAGGCAGCCACCAAGUGUUGAAGAGUGGGACACACUGCAGUUUGCUGGAGGUGGUGGAUAAGAGCAAGUCAGGAGACUGUCUGGCAGCACUGCUUCAAGUCAUGGAGACACAGAGACUGGUUCUUGUCCACAUGUUGGCUGACAAAGGAUUCCUGUUCCUCCUGUCUUCAGUUCAGAUGGCCACUCCAACUGAAAGAAGAGAUGGGUUGAAAAAAUGCCUUCAAGCYCUAUUUGUUUUUCAAGAGUCCAGGGAUGUGGCAAAAUACAGUUCAAGGUGUCCAACUACCCAUGAUCCUUUACAGACAUCCUCCCGUGACCCUGCCAUGCCCCAGCUGAACAGCUUUGUCCCGGCCCUGCAUCACGCCCUGGUCAAGGUGCGCUGCAACCCGCCCGCUGACCUCUCGGCCGGGGUCGAGCGCCAGGCRAGGGACUACCUCAGUGGACUCCACCAUGGAAAGCGCCGCCACAUCCCCAUGACUGAAUACGACACAAAGCUGGAUGACCGGGGGAAGCWGUUCCCGGCUCCCAAACAUCACAAACUCAACAUGGAGGGCUACCUGCGCUCCUACAUCUACAACCCCAACCUCUACACCAUGCCUGUGGUCCAAGCCAAGGAGAUGGUAGAGAGUUACUGCACUGUGCCUGAUGACAACAGCCCUGUAAUGGACUGGGAGGGCAGUGGAGCCAGCGGUYACAAGUCAGUGGUAGGGUUGGAGGUAAAUCCUUACGGUGCUACUGCUGCCCAGUCCCCGGGGGUCCAGGUCAACCACUCUCCCUCUCAGUUUCCCACUGACCCCAACCCUCAGAAGUUGAAGGAGCUGAUUAACCUGAUACUGUGUUGGAGGAACACAGAGGGGGACGUCCGGAAGAAGGGAGUGCCGCAGGGGGCAGGUGGGUUGGACCCCCGAGGACUGAAGAGGAAGACUGCAGAGAGGACUCUGAAUUACCGGAAGGCCUCACAGGAAAGAGGCAGAAGGGACAGGAGAACAGCAGCAGCUGCUGAAAAGGGCCAGAGCCCUUCUUGUCUGUCCUCUGUGAUGCUGCAGAGUGUUGUUCUGAGAGACGUGGACCUGAGGAGAGACCGCUCGGAGGCUGCUUUCAAGUUCUCUGAUGGGAGAGGAGGAGGAGGAUGGUCAAGAGAGGGGACGAAGCAGACUAAAGCUCUGCUGUUUGAUAGGAUGAUCAAGCUGGGCCUGCCGCCCAAUCAGGACAUUGACCUGAGGAAACGACCUCCUGGGGGCCUGCAGGUCAAGGCUGACUACUUGGAGACAGCAGGGAGCACGAACAGUCUGGAGGUCUUCAGCCCCAGUUCCAAUGGUGAAAUGCCCAGAAGAUCACAGUCCCAAUAUCAGGGGGAAGAACAGAUGCCAUGGGUCCUCAUCCCCAUCACAGGGCUGAAGUCAAACAAGUACUGCCUGAGCGAGAAGGACAACCCUCAGGACCCACGCUUUGUUCCCCAGAUCCCCAUGGKAAACAGCAGCUACCCCCCCUGUGUCCCAGAACGACGGGAAAGAAGAAUCAACUCUACGCUAGAGGAGCUCCCACGGCAUAGCCUCAGUACUUCCCUAGAGGUGUCACAAGAGCACAGCCCCUACCCCUACCCCAGUCCCUGCCCAAGCCCCUGCUCUUGCCCCAGUCCCAUGGAGGAUGAGCAGCAAUUAGCUGAAACCCCCUGUGACCCCACAGAAAUAAGCGGCAACCAUAAGACGAGCACAGACAAGAAGACAAGCACAAACCAGAGCUUCUUUCAAAUCCGUGGUGCUCCAGCGAGCACCAGGCUACUAGACAAGUGCCGCCCCUCACCUAAGKCAAAGACAAAUGGAGAACCAACCCCUACUAUCCCUAGCCCUGUGGAGGCUGGGCAGGAACAGGUUGAAGGCAGCACAGGAAAAGUUAUAUCUGGCGUGGUUGCUGAAGAUCCAACCACAAUGGAUGUUGGACAAGAAGAGGGGGAGGAGGUAGAGGAGGAAGCAAAAGAGUUGGAGGAGGACGAUGUGAUUGAAGUGGUAGAUGAAGAGAUGAAGACGGUUAUAAAGCAGACAGAAGAGGUGUCACCACCCUCUCUUGACCUCAGUUCUCCUGAGCUGAUUCCUGUCCCAAAUCCUCCUCCCGUCCAGAACACUCCUCCCAUCCAGAGGCCCGUGCUGGGCAGAGUGAACUGUGUCCUGGACCAGCAGUUCAGCGACUUCUCUACAGAGAUGCAGAUCCUCCUGCUCAGAGAGAGUGUCCACUACAGCUCCCCCCUGAUCCCUAGCCAGAGUCCUCCAGGCCAGCCCCCCAUCCUACCCUUCUCUGAGUACGUCUCCUUCUACAACUCCUCCCCUCCUAUGCAGGCCUACGUCAGCUCCCUGAGAGACCGCAUGGGCACCGUCAUAGACACACAGGAGCAAUGGAUUCCUAGCAUGGUGGCCACUGACUCUCCCCUGGUCUUAUCUAACAAUAACCACCACCAUGCUAACCACGUUCAGAGAACUACAUACAACUGGUACCCUUCUUCCCGUGGCCCUGUUUCUCACUCUGUUCCCAGCCCUCACCCUCCGUCCCUGUCUGCCCCUGGUCCUGCUAGUUCAAACUCUCACAGUUCUCUACCUGUGUCUCAUUCUGUCCCCAGCAGCCACUCUCCUGCCCCUCCUUCUGGCCCUGGCCUUAACCUUGCUAGUUCAAACACUUACAGUUCUUUAGCAGUUUAUCAGUUUCCCUCAGCUGUGUCUCAGUUUAAUAGUAAUAAUAACAAUAAUGUUAUUAUUCGUUCUUCAUCCUUCCCCGGUUCUGGCACUGCCUGUCCUUUUACCCCUCCCCUCUACAACAACCCACCCCAGACAGAGCUGCUUCUAUCUCAGCUGCAGUCUAGUCUAGCGCCCCUCCCCAUCCAACCACUGGCACUGGGCAACCAGUGGAUAACAACAACAGAGAACCCUGACUCAGACUGCCGAGAGCAACUGGGAACGUGCAAGCCAAGUGCUACGUCAACCACAACAGAGAACCCUGACUCAGACUGCCGAGAGCAACUGGGAACGUGCAAGCCAAGUGCUACGUCAACCACAACAAAGAACACUGACUUAGAUGCUCGAGGGCUACGAGGAAAGUGUAAGCCACAAACGAGCGCAACGUUUCAAUCAAAAGACAAGGUCAUAAUUGUUGAUCCUCCAGUUUCAGAAGCCACCAUGGUGGCUCCACAUCAUCUCACUCAGAUGAUUGAGAGUUCUUCAGGGGUGGGAGGGCCUUUCCCAAGCUCAGGGCCGGAUCCACCUGCAGCCAUCAGUAGUCUGAUUAGCCAGCUGAAACCUGAGCUGUUCAGUAACCUGGUGAAGAUUAUAAAAGCUGUCCAGAAGAACUUUGUCUAGUUCUACAUCCACCAUAUCAAGGAGUACCUCCAGAGAUUGGGAAACCAUAGAACACAGUCCUGAGAGUUUCUUGGAAAGAGAGAACCGUUUGGAAAAGUAAGGUUCUCAUGCAGAACAAGGAAAUCACAGCUCACGUUCGUAAGGUACUUGACAACAAUAGCAGUUAUUCCACGAAAUGAGUACCUUUUGUGUCCCUUUGAUAUUUUAAGUAGAAAUUGUGCACCGAUAUUGGAUUUUAAAAGCCUGUUCAAUUAUAUGAAGUGCCCUUAAUUCAAUACAUUUUUGAAUGAAUAAAGACUUCUACUUUGAAGAA